AUGCAUCUUGUGACCAUUGGACCAACAACCGCCAAGAGAUUGUCUGACAACUUCCCUGCAUCUGCCCGCCCUCUUCUCCUCACUUUCGGGUACUUGUCCAAAUUCUCCCCGAUCCCUGAUACUCACCUCAAGCGACAAACAAUGACAGAUACGACAGAGUCCAACAACGGACGCAAGCGGGCGCGUCAACCCACUUCGGAUACGCGAUACCCGAGGAAGAGAAGUCUCAAGGCGUGUCAUGUAUGUAGAGCGCGCAAGACUAAGUGCGAUAAUGCGCAGCCUACGUGUGGUUUCUGCGCGUCGCUGAAUAUCCCCUGCUCGUACGAUAAUUCUGAGAAGGAUCGUUCUUCGUUUGAUCCAGCUAGUCUGGAGAUCCUUCGGCAGUUGGGGCAGAUCAUCAGCUCGCAGGAUGACCUUGCCCAGACUGUGCGCUCGAUUGCUGCAUCUCAUUCGCAUCCAACUUCAAGCCUGGGACAAGACCAUAACCAUCUGAGUAUAGAUAAUAGUCUUCACUGGGAUCCAACAAUAGAGGCGCAGCAACUCCCAUACGUGACGGACUGGUUUGGGGGGCAAUCAGAUUCAGCCUCGACGACACCAGCUGCAUCUGCAAGUGUUGCAGCAGUGAGAUGGUUCGGCAUCCUUGCUAAUGACGCAUCUAACGAAGCAUUUCCUGAAGUAGACGCGACAUCGGGUCUCGAUGGUGAGCUGCUUGACACCUCGCCAGAAGGGCAAGCUGAGAGUGACACGACACCUUUGCAGAAGGCAACCAAGAUUAUCGAUACUCAGCCUUCAGAACAGGAUCUAUCUGACAAGGUUCAUAUUCGCGACCCAUCUGAAGAAAGACUGUGGAAAGCAUCGGAGAGUAUAUCACUUCUAGAUCAAGAGCAAGCUUUGUUCCAGAACUUCCUUCACAGAAUAUGCUCAUGGCUUGACCUAUUUGACCCUGCUCGAACAUUUUCUACACGCGUUCCACAUCUGGCAGUCCGCAAUGCAGGUCUGCUUAACUCCAUCCUAGCACUCUCAUGCUACCACCAAUCCCUUGAUGAAACAAUCCCCUCCGAUCAACGUCCGGACCAGAACACCGCUUUGCAAUACUACUACCAAACACUCCACUAUGUCCAGAAAGCCAUGCGCUACUCCACAUACCAGAACAGCCAAGAGCUAAUGGCAACAACGCUCAUGGUAUCAACCUACGAAAUGCUCCGCGGUUCACGAAAGGACUGGCAACAGCAUUUACAAGGGGUCUUUUGGAUUCUGAGAUCCCGUCAGAUUGAAGUUGAAACUUCCAGUCUCGAGAGCACGACGUGGUGGGCCUGGCUACGGCAGGAUAUCUGGGUGGCGUUUCGGGAGAAGCGGAGGACGUAUAGUACUUGGAUGCCUAAGAAAGGGUACGCGGAAUUAGACAACCACGAAUUAGCUUCACGAGCUGUAUGGAUUAUGGCACAGGUGAUUAAUUUCUGUGCUGUUGACUCUUCUACGGAGAGUGAGGGCGGCUUGGCCGGUAGAAUGGGCUGGGCAAAGGCAUUGAGAAAGAUGCUUGAUGAAUGGCUGUCCCAUCUGACUGUUGAAUUUUCGGCACUGCCUACUAUGGGAAGUCAGGGAAACAACGUGUUCAAACCGCGUCUUAUACAUCCCCAAUGCUUUGGAUUAGCAGUGCAGCUCCAUCAUUGCUCUCGAAUUCUACUCACCGCUCAUGAGCCACAUCUCGAUGGUAUACAGGGCCUUUUGAGGCGUCAGAAAGAUAUCCAAAAAGAUAUAGAGAUGGUUUGUGGGAUUGGUAUGACCCUUACAGAGGACGCGUCCAGUAUGCUAUCCUCGCAGUGUCUCUUUAUUGCUGGAAUCUUCAUGCAAAACCCAAGUGAAAAGCAGUUUGUAUUAGAAAUGCUAGAUUCAUGCCAGAAGAGAUGUGGGUGGCCAACGCCUUCACUUGGAUCGGAGUUGGAACAGAUUUGGGAAAAUCCAGAUGCUCUGUGGGAUAGUCAGAAUAGUUAG